AUGAAGCGAGUUCUGCUGUUCUGUGACUUCAGUGGGGUUAUAUCUAAGCACUCGAAGAUCAUGAUGGCCCGAAGGAUUUUUAGAAUACGUGUGCUGUUCUGCUUUCUGGCUGCAUUCUUCAUCUCUGCCCUAGCUGAGGAACACGUAGGAGAGAGUCAACAUGCAAAUAUUCGCCUUGAUAAGAACUUGGUACAAGAUAAAGACCACAUCAUGGAACAUUUGGAAGGUGUUAUUGAGAAACCAGAAUCUGAGAUGUCUCCACAGGAACUGCAGCUUCACUAUUUCAAAAUGCAUGAUUAUGAUGGCAAUAAUUUGUUAGAUGGGUUGGAGCUUGCUACUGCUAUAUCACAUGUCCACAAAGAGGAAGGUGGUGAGCAUACCCAGGCAAUGAAAGAAGAAGAGCUGAUUAGUCUGAUAGAUGAUGUCUUAAGAGAUGAUGAUAAAAACAAUGAUGGAUACAUUGACUAUGCAGAAUUUGCAAAAUCAUUGGAAUAAGGUUUUGUAGGGGGCUUGUUUCUCAUUCUAACUAUAUGGAAAUGUGAACCAGUAUAAUGUGAUACAUCACUGUCUUGUAUCAACCUCUGUGCUGUGAGAAGCAGGGGUGCACCGGCUCCA